UUUCUUGAAAGUUUUUAACGCGAUUUUGUUUUAUUUCUGUUGUAGUUUCUGAUUUUAUUUAGUGUACUUAAUAAGGAAUGUCGAAAACUCACAGCUCCGAUGAAGAAACUGACUUCCAAGCACUUAGCAAAACGAAUUAUCAGCGCGUGCAAGACAAAGUAGCAAAGAUUAGUUAUCCAGAUGGUGUUAUUGCUGGUAGAGAACAGAGCUUUCAAAGCAGCUUUGAUCGAGGUUAUGCCGAUGGACUAAAAACGGGUCUUGAACUGGCCAAACGUCUGGGAUUCUUUGAUACACUCCCCACACUUGAUGCGCAGAACGAAGAGCUCCUGAAGGAAACACACGUCUAUCAAGGCCUCCAAAUAGCAUCGCCUACGGAUAAAACGCAUUUCAAAUAUUUGGAAUACCAAUCGUUGCCACCAAACCUAAUAUCCGAAAAGCAAAAUUCCUAUAUCAAUAAUUUAUUGGGACAAUAUGCCGGAACUUUGCCAAUUACUGAAAAUUUAUUCACAUCCAAGUGAUAUUACUAUGUUAUUAAUCGGCUUUAAUGUGUGUUAAUAGGAUAAAUUUGUUAACUGAACAUAAAUUUCUUGACUUAUAAA